UGCACUCCUGAAUUUGGCUCUUGUUUCUUUUAGACUGAUCCGAGUGUGUCGACAGCAGAAAUCGGAGACAUGAUUGAGUUUGUGAAUCCGUGGUCAGGAUUGUCUCUUUGGGGUGUUUAUGUUGGAGACGGACGUGUAAUCCAUUUUGGAGUGGGAGAUGAGAACAUGACACAGAGAGCCUGCCGCAGCUUCGUCCAGAAAAUGGUUCCAAAGUCAAAAGGUGAUCGUGUUUUGAGGAAGACGAGGAUCUGCACACAGCGCAUUACGGAGAUCAAAGUUCCUCCAGGAACUCGCAUCCGGGUCAACAACAACAAGCACAACCUGGUUCCAUCUCCACAGGAGAUGAUGAUGAACCGCUGCGAGACGUUUCUGCACCAGGAGUUUAAAUACGACCUGAUGAACUUCAACAGCGAGCACUUUGCCACAUUUGUUCGAUACGGAAACGCUGUGUGCAACCAGGUUGGUUCAACGACACCUGAGUGAAUGAG